AUGCACCUAAAUUCAGAGACAUUCCAGGAGGCUAAAUUGGCAGCAAGAAUUCCUCGCUAUCAAUAUAUAAUGGUAGGUGUUAUUGCUGCAGCCAUUGUACCAACUAUGUAUAUGAAAAGAUAUGCAAGGAUGCAUAUAGAUAAGGCUGCUUUAGAAGAUAUCAAUAAUAUCAAAAAAGAAGGCAACUUUGUGCCCUCAAGUGCAGAAUCUGUGAAGAAGGAUAUAUUAAACAAGAGAGAACUUGAUAAGGAUCUUUUAAUGACACAUCAACCUGCAGUCUGGUCAAUCAAAGGCAAUAACAAAAUAACAAAUGACCCUCGAUUUAGAGAACUUGUUGAUGAAAACGCAAUGAUACUUUUUUCAUCAAUAAUGUGA